CAUUUGCUAGGCCGAUAUGGGACAGAUUUUGCCCCAUGAACAACUCUGUAGAAGAGGAAAACACCUCAAUAUCAUUUAUACGGCGGGUAGAGCUGACGAGGAUACACACGAUGGCAUCACAAAUCACCGCAUUCCUGCUUUUGGGUAUUCUGUCUCCAGUACUUUCCAAUUAUACAGAUAGAUGCUUUACUGACAUCCAUCUUUCCGGUGUUAUGGAAACCGUAACAUCUCCGGGAUUCCCGACGUCGUAUAGCAGUUAUGUAGCUUGCCUGUGGAGGAUUCAUGCAUCGUCUCCGGAACAUCUUGUAGGCAUAAACUAUUAUGCAUCCUUGGAAAAGUCAAUUUAUUGUCGAACUGGCAUUCUGUCCUUCUAUGAUGGAUCAGAUAGUUCAAGUAAAAUGCUGCUGCGGCUUUGUGGGAGUAUACCGAAAAUAGGCAGUAUCAUAAGCAAUGGACCCACCAUGGAUGUACACCUGCUUACCGGUCCUGCAACUGGUGGAAUGGGUUUUCUGCUGAACGUUACUGACGUUGAAAGAUGUGACGGAAAUUUAACGGCAACAUCCGAGGAAGGAAACUUAACAUCCCUUGAUUUGACCCACUCCUACUUUUCUAAUCAAAAGUGCACAUGGAUUAUAACAGCGCAAAACGAGAAUGAGACUGUCAAAGUGACCAAUAUAUUCACAAAGGAAGGCGAAUUUGGGGAUUUUUCAACUCAGUGCAAUCAUGAUGUCGUUCGUGUUUAUGACGGAAACACAACAGAAGCUGGCCAACUUCCUGGGGAAUUAUGUUCAACCGUGGGUCGGACAUACUACAGCUCGGGUAACACACUGUCGGUGGUGUUUGAGAAAUUGACCAGUGAGGGUGUACAGUUGCAGUAUACUGCAAUACCAGAAAGCGACUGUAACAGGACAUAUUACGUAGGUAACGAUCCUGUUUAUAUCCAGUCACCUGGAUACCCUGAUACCUAUGGCAGUGACCUGAAAUGUGUCAUAUUCAUCUUCGACCUGAUGGACACACCAAACUUGAAGCUUGAUGUCGUUAAUGCAGACAUAGAGGGAGACUACCCACAGUGCGAUAAUGACUCUGUAACCGUGUUUGGAUGGAAUUAUGGAAGUUAUCAUCCUAUUGGCAAAUUUUGUGGAAAUUCAUCAAUUUCUCCGGUUGGUCCCUACUAUUCAAACGGAAGGAACCUGAAACUGGUAUUCAAGUCCAAUAGUGAUACCAGCGGGGCGGGAUUCCAAGUUGUCGUUUCUCAUACUACACGACAAGUGGUACCUGACCAAUCAGAGAAUUGUGGACGCAGAUAUCUCACUGCAACCGCAUAUCCAGAAUUCCUCAGCUCCCCAGGAUAUCCUGUGCUUUCUCCAAGCAACGCCGAUUGUAUUUGGAUAAUAAAGGCCUCAGACCCAAACAUGACGGUUCGGAUUGACGUAAUUGACUCAGAUAUUCCAAAUGAUCCUAUUUUCAUUAGACAGUGCGGUCAAAAUCUUGGUCUUCUCUACGAUGGUCCUUCGAUGUUUGAUAAGUUUCUCCUCUCUUGGUGCGGCAAGACAUUGCCGAGUCUGCAGAGUACUGGACCGGACAUAACAGUUAGAUUCAGAGCGCGCGAUGCGCAUAAUAUGACAGGCAUCAAAGUGAAAUAUUUUGCGACGAAUGAGCCGUGGAGCUGUGGAGGUGCAGUCGAUAUCACGACGGAUAGGGAAAGAACUCUGACAGCGUCAUAUGAAGGAUGCAUUUCCAAAGACUGCCUUUGGACCAUACAUGCCCCGACAAAUACGACCAUCAAGGUUAAUGUGGAUGCUAUAAUAUAUUUUACUUCUUCAUCAUGCAACGUCAAUUACCUGGAAAUUUACGAUGGUAAUUACGACAACGGUACUUCAACAACCCACGGGAAAUGGUGUGGUGACUCCAACGCCGACUUCAUCAGCUCCGGAAAUGUCAUCACCGCCAGGUUCCAGUUCAACGUAUCCGUCGGUGGAAUGUUAACAAUGAUUCUUAAGGCGGGUCACUUUAAUGCUUCACGGAAGACAAGUCUUUCAGCUAGCAGAUCUUAUAAAUACUUUACUUCCCCAAAUUAUCCAUUCAGUUACCCGAGUAAUUUCGAGUCAACAUGGACGAUUGAGGGAGAUGAAGGUUAUCACGUUGGUAUCGGAGUUGUCUUCUCAAGCCUGGAGAAAUCUGAUGGUUGUCAACGUGACUACAUGGAAGCGUUUGAUGGCGCAGACUCCAGUGCCCCCUCUCUAGGACGCUGGUGUGGAAGCAGUGAACCACGCAUAAUGGCUUCAAGCUCUGUGAUGUUCCUGAAAUUCAAGUCGAAUUCCCAUACAGUCGACAGAGGUUUCAGGAUCUUAUAUGCUAAGUACAGGUAUAAUACUGAAUUGCCAGACACCACAAGCACCGGAAGACAGGGGGUUAUUAUUGGAUCUUCCGUAGGUGGUGUUUGCCUGCUACUUAUCAUAGUAGGCGCAAUAUGCGGAAUUGUUUGGAGGACAUCCGCUAUCAAAAGACAGCCGGACGCCAGCAACAAGGCGUGGACCAUGAGUCAGAGACCUGAGGACGCUAUCAUUCCUGCAGCAACGUUCUCCAGUCCAGAAACGUUUAAUUUGGAAUCUAAGUCAAGCAAAUGAACGUACCUCUGAGAGGGAUUUUGUAUAAAAAAUGUCGGGAAUAGAAAGUAUCGAUGUAUGCCUUUUGGGGCUGAAAAUACAAACAUUGUUCAGCAAUACAGGCACAGGUACAAUACAUGUAGAUGGUUCUACGGGCAGUUUCGAUAAUUGGUAUCUCACAACGAUGACAGAUGACGUCCUAGAAGAAAUCCCCAAUUUCCAAGCACACAAUGAUGAACUGAGUUUUGUAGGCAUUGCCAUAGGUUGAGUUGCUCACGUCUGACAUCCUCAGUAGCGAAUAUACCCACCACUAGCACUAAUGGACGCCCUGACUCCCAAAUGUCGUUAUGACGUUAUUUGAGAUGAUUCGACAGCCGCUCAUCAACCGGCGCAGCUGAUUCCUGUUCUGAUUUCAGUGAGGACGUCUCCCUAUAAGCUAACCUUAAAUGUUUUCAGUGCGGAUUGAAUCCGGUGAUCACGAUGCAAUGAAACAAAUCCUUGACAUCCAGCUCCUUCGGUAUUUAUGUUUCUGGGAGUAUAUUACAUGUUUCAGUGUUUGGUGAGAGCAUUUUGUUACAUAAAGACUGAAAUUAUUUUAUUAUUUUCUUAUCGUUCUCUACAGGGGUGAUAUUAGGGAAAUAUUACUUAUUAUAGUAUAGUAAAAUGUACCACCUACUUCGUACAAAAAGAGAUUUGUGACAACACUUAAACAUGACCUAUCUACAUAGUGUCAAAGGAUAAUGUUACAUAAGCCAAGUGGGAUGCGUGUCACAGUGCCAUGUCGGUCUUGAAGAACGUUUAUUCAAUUGUGCAAGAAUCGCCACAACAUUGGCUCGAGAUAUAUUGAAAUACAUGUUCUAAUCAAUGUGACAUUUUCUUUUGUUCGCCACAAAGUAAAUAUUAAAGUUAGUAAAAUUAAACAAAAGUCAGUUAUAUUGUAGGGUAAAAAUGUGGACAAGAUAAGCAUUAUUUUUAAUUAAAACAACGCAUGUAUCACUCACUCAGUAGUGUAUGAAAUAAGGCCCAUCCGACCGUCCGAGACGGGCUAGAUUUCUGACGGACAGUCUAAAUUUACAGCUAGCCAGCCCGAUGGUCUGGUAAAUAGUUUAGAUAUCAUGUUCCAUACAUCUGAGUAAAUUCACCAUAUCUUAAGAUCUAUUUUUAAAUUGAGCGUUACAUUUAGACCUGGCAAUUACUGUUUGAACAUUGAACUAUCGUAUCGCAAGCUGAAAGCACUGCGUUAACAUAUAUUAUCGUUAAAACAGCGACACCUAUCGAUGCGCGGAGUAAAUACGUGUCUCAGAUUCAUUACAUUAUUCAUUAGAAACUAAAACUUGAGACCAAAUUGUCUGGUCUGGUUAAAUCCACUUCGGGCUGGUAACAUUUUGAAGUUACCAGCACGGAUGUCUGGCUGGCUUUUUUGGCUUAUUUCAUACACUAAUUUGUGUAUUUUGUGAUUAACAUGGUAUUGAAAAUCAUUUAAUUAUCAUUUCUUAAAUGUAUGUCAAUGUGACUGUGAAAUAAAUAAUUCAUGGAACAAUU